UUUAAAAAAAAAUCACUUCCACAAAAUGUCCUUCCUGUGUGCCGGGCGGAGGUUUCUCUCUGACCUGGAGGUGAGUCGCUGCUUGUCUCAUUAUCAGCGGGUAAAUAUCCUCUCUCUGACGUCAGCGCUGCUCACAUAUAAAAUACAAUCCUUCAUCUCUGAGACACCUCCGUGUUCAGAGGACCGUCUGAGGCGUCCUGCGUUUCCCAGAGUCCUUCAGUGUCCGAGUCGAUCAGCGGCAUCAUGGUGAGUCGAAGGAUUCUGCUCCUCAGCGCCUCCUGCUGGCUGCUCGUUGCGUUCGGAAACAGCGAAGAGCGAUCGCCUGAAGACGUCAUCAUUACACGAGAGGAGCGAGAACUGAUUGAAGCUCUACAGGAAGUCUUGGAGCGAUUAAAGAACAAACAGCUGCCGUCGUCAGAGAGGAAGCUCGGCUGGCUUCCUGCAUGUGGUGCAGGGGAGCAGUGUGCGGUGCGUAAAGGCGCCAGGAUCGGGAAGUUGUGUGGAUGUCCCGGAGGAACCGUCUGUGACUACAUCGUCCUCAAGUGUCUGUAGCAACUUCCUGUCGU